AACUCAGUUUCAAACAUGAAGUGGCUCCGUGUGGGUGCGUACAGCUCUGCCCAGAUCAUUUUGUGAAAUAGCUCGUCUUGUUAGAUAUACACGCCUCACCACUUUGUCUUAAGCUUAUUGUGUAAUGAAAGUGUCUUUAUAGUCAUUAUGCUACGAUUCUUUAGUAAACGUGUAGGGCGCAAUGCCCAGAAAUACAAAAAUGUUGCCGUUGAUGGGAAGACUACGAGUACGAACACCUCUGUUCCUGCCCGACCAGUUGGGAAGCCUAACAAGAACAUUUUACCUUGCACUGUUACACUCCUUGACUCUACGGAUGUCUCUUUCGAAUUGCCCAGAAAAGCGCUGGGACAGGAGCUGUGCGAGCGCGUCUUCUGCGAGCUUGAUAUUAUAGAAAAAGAUUAUUUUGGUCUCCAGUACACUGAUCACAAUAACGUUUCGCACUGGUUGGAUCCAUCAAAACCCAUCAAGAAGCAAGUCAAAAUUGGCUUUCCGUACUGCUUCAAGUUCCGUGUCAAGUUUUACUCGUCCGAGCCUAACAGCCUACGGGAGGAGCUAACGAGGUAUCAAUUUUUCCUGCAACUGAAGCACGACAUUUUCAGCGGUAAGCUCGAGUGUCCAUACGAGACGGCCGUCGAGCUUUUCGCCCUCACCCUCCAAUCGGAAUUGGGCGACUUCGACCCCGAGGAACACACUCCAGGCUUCGUUUCGGAGUUCCGCUUUUACCCUUACCAGACCGAGGAGAUGGAGGAGCACACGCUCGAGAAGUUCAAGGAGCUCAAGGGCUUGACACCGGCACAAGCUGAGAGCAACUUCCUAAACAAGGCCAAAGGCUUGGAGAUGUAUGGCGUGGACAUGCAUAUUGUGCUGGGCAAGGACGCAUGCGAGUAUCGACUUGGUCUCACCCCUACCGGUAUCCUGGUGUUCGAGGACGAUCAAAAGAUCGGCCUCUUCUUCUGGCCUAAGAUCACUCGGCUCGACUUCAAGAAGAAGAAGUUGACGCUCGUUGUGGUCGAGGAUGACGAUGACCAGAGAGAGCAAGGCUUCACCUUCGUCUUUAGAUUACAUAACGAGAAGGCAUGCAAGCACUUAUGGAAGUGUGCAGUGGAGCAUCACUCCUUCUUCCGUCUUAAGGUCAACACUAAAAACCCCUCCAGCAGGCAAAACUUCUUCAGGAUGGGGUCCAGGUUCAGAUACAGCGGACGCACGGAGUUCCAGAACACGUUGACGCAGCGCGCUCGCCGCACUUGUCAGUUCGAACGUCGUCCGAGUCAGAGAUUCGCGCGCCGCCAGAGUCACGUACUACGGGAGAAGCAUCGACUCAGGAGAGCUGACUCUGAAGCUGGUACUGAAGGCACGGCUGCCAUGCCACCUUCAGACGAAACUGUGGACGUGACCGCGACCACGGAAGUCCCCACAACCGUAACCACAGACCCCUCAUUGGUGGACAACCUAACGCCUGCCACCACCACAAACAACAACAUCAACAUCAAAUCCUCAAACUUGGCGCAACCUACGCUGUCUCCCACACCACCCACUACUACAAACAUUUCCUCUCCAUCUCUUGCCACAAAGAAAAAUGGCACGGCCUCUGGUGCCAUCAAUAAAGUGGCCACUCCCUCUCACUCCCCUACAGGGAACUGUACCUCCUCACAGCAGCUGCUCACGCCAGGGGGCAGCAGCAGCAGCACGCUUGCCUUGCCGCACGCUGCACAGGGCGCUUCGGGAACAGCGCAAGACCGGCUCGACUCGCUGCUCAAGAGUCUACAUAAAGACUCGUCUGUCCCGCAUUACCUGGACCCAUCCGUCAAUGAUCUAUCGAGUGGCAAGCACCCUGACAAGGCUGCGACCGUCGCUGCAGCCUCUCAAGGAGCUCUAGAAGCGGACGCGCUGGCUAACAAACUCAAGGGCCUCGAGAGCAGCUGUAGCUCCGGAUAUUCUUCAACGGCGGUGCCCAGUGGUGGAGUUUCCGCUGGUGGUUUUUCGCUCUUGGGCCGAAGUUCGAAGCGCAGUCCGAAAGACGGUAACGUGGCUACGAUGCUUGUGCCUGGUCCGGCUCCUCUCAACAACAACCAUAACUCCUUGCCACGUAAUAAAGCUGCUGCUGCUGCUGCCCGACCCAUCCCUCCUGAGAACUUCAAGUCUAACAUUCUUAAAGCAAAAGUACUGGAGGAGCAACUGAAGACGGAAUCUGAACUAUCGUCGUCCAUUCUCCACAACGGGUCACUCCCUCGUCUGAAGAAGACGGGCAACACGUCCAUGGCUUCCACUGUGAACACGUCAGACUCGGGGGCCACGUUCGUGGCUGUGGGUGGGGACAAGCUCACCUUACAUUUAGGUGGACAGGAGCUCCCUCGCCUCCCGUCCAAUCCACCUCAACAUUCAGUGCCCCAGGUCAGCGACCCUCUCCCCGUUUCUCCCGACACUCCCUUGCUCGACCAAUCCUACGAACUUCCACCCAGUGUCAGCCCCUUGUUGCCAACCUUGACCUUUGUCCCCACGGUCACCGCCACGUCUGUGUCCGUAACAACGCCUAUUGCCAACGUCGUGGUCACCUCUCCUGCGGUAGAUGACGCUUCCGACACCAACGUCUUCCCAGCCAGUUCUUCGCCUCCUCCACCCUCUGCUGCGGUUGCCAUGCCUUCGUUCGCGUCGAACCCCUUCAACCCCUUCUCGUCGAGUAUCUUUGCCGUCGAGAAUCCGUUCGCAAAGGCCGAGGAGGCGGCCAAUGCGGCGUCCGAAGAAGCUGCUGAGCAGUCCUUGUACCCAACGACCUCGACAUCUCCGUUUUCUCGGUCAAACCCUUUCUUCAGCACGUCUCCUGGAUACCUGCCUGCCACCACCGUAUCUGCCACAACGGCUUUCCCAUUCGGUGUCACAACGCUGUCGUCUUCUGGCACCUCUGGGAUGUCAUUGCCAUCCAACGGCAUCCACAGCAACGACAACGCAUUGGACCCCAUCGCGCAAAUAGCCACGACUGUGAUGUCGUCGUUUAAACCUCAACAACCCGCCCAAAUGCAGCACCAUGCCGUUCACACCAUCAACGACAACAACUCCAAAGUUUCCUUUGUUCCUAAAUCCCCUGCUCCCACAGCUCCCAGGUCCCUCUUCCUCCCCGCCACCACCAUUGCUUUGUCCAACUCCUCCCACAAUCCCAGUCUCAAAACCAACGGGACUUCUCCCAUCGUGAAACCUCGCGCCGCAAUAACCGGCAUUCUCAAAAAUAAAGCCGUGACUGAAAUUCAUAAUGAAAAAGUCAGUCCAAGCAUUGACUUCCUUCUCGAUGCCAAGUUGGGGUCAGGAGACGACCGUCUAAACCUGCCAUCAGAGCAGCCCAAGCUGAGCACCUUCACUGGCGGAGAGCCUUCCCCCAACUCCCCCCUAUCCUCCUUCUCUUCCCCCAGUCUUUCUUCACAGGACGAACUGUCUUCCACUUCUGUCUCCGCCACGAACAGCGUACGCAUCGUUUCUUCCACCAAUUCCACCGUCUCGUCCGCUAGCGCUUCAUCGGUCCAUUCUCCCCCAUCCACCGUCCCUAGCAGUAUGUCCCCAUGGCUAGUGGGCGACCCGUCCCCUCCCACCCAGUCCUACAAGUCCUUGAGCAGCUCCACAGGACCUACGCCCCUCAAGAUGCGAUCCGUCAUCACUACGGAGCUCUGAAUCCGUUGAAUCUGAAUCCUUUCCUUUUUAUUUGCACGCAUCCGUUGCUUUUUUUAUAUCAAGUUUGUUCCAGAAAUUGUCAAAUGUCCAAACGGAAAUCAUGGGGCUUCUUAUAUUUCCCUGGCAAUCAAAUGCGUAUUAAUAGUUUCAUGCAAUUACAAAAAUUUGCUUAAAUUAUUUUGGAGACUCAAACAAAUUUACCUUACUGUCCUUCCAAUCAAGAAUACGCAUACUAUUUCGUUGUUGGUAUUUCGAUUUGUGAUUAAUCAACAGACGAAAUUGCGCGUGCCUUAACACAGUGUCUUGUAUAUAUACGUGAUCAUCAGAUACUUUAAUGGUGCUUGCGUAUUUUCAAUAUUUAAAUUAAAAUGUAACUUAUUUCCUGACAAGUGACUUUACCGUCCCAAGGUUUUUAAAGUAAAUUCAUUGUGAAGUCUCAUGUUUUACUGCAGCGAUCAUUGUUUUAGACGUGUAUUUAGAGAUAUGAAGCAAUAUAUUUUUUAUAAAAUCCGUGGUUAAGGUCAUUGAGCUUCAGAUGUAAUUCAUGAACAGAUAAAGGAUUUCCUCAAAAUGUAAAAUUGCAAACUAAGUUAUAAAUUAUGUAAAAUUUGCGCAUAACUAAUGAAGUUAUGCGCAACACUCACAUGUUUUAUAUCGUGCAGAUUUUUUUGAGCUUUUCAAGGUUUACUAUUCUCAUCAUUAGUUCGUACUUGACUUGUGAAACAUUGUGAACUGUUAUUUUUUUCAUUGCAUUAUCUUGUUUUCGAGCGAUAUUGGAAGCUGUUUCUAGAUUUUUGCUCUUGCCAGCGAGUUCAAACGUAAUCAAACCUCCUAUUUUAUACGCUGCCAUUAUUAUGCUCAUUUUCGUUUUUAUUUCUGGCCUCGCAUAAUCUCAUUAGUUAUCCUAACAAUAUUCUUCCUAGCAGUCUUCACUACUGUGAUUGCUACUGAUUAUGUUUAGUGACCGCCUAUAUCUUACCUUUAUCUGUGCUUAUGAAAAUCCUGCUUUACCGUCCCUCUUAUAGGACUGGUAUUUCUUUAGCUUCCCACCAUCGUUCAAGAACAAUUUUCCUGGCUUCUUUUUUGGAGUAUCCUAACAUAUUUUGCAUUCCGUUGGUUCGAGAUCCUUAGUAAGUCACGUAGAAUUUAUUCUUUAGGCAGAUCCAGAUCUAUCGUGUUUUUAUUAAUUUAGUUAUGCUAAUUUCAUGUCCGUUGCUAUCCUAAUUGUUGUUGUGUACAUUUCAUGAUACAUUCCAAGUUAUAGCAUUUAAUUAAGUGCUUUUGGCUAUCGUUAUUGAUGGUAUAAACUUUGUUAGGGCUCUUGUUUAAUUUUUAAGCUAUGUCAUCAGUCAAAACCGUUUUUACAUGACCUAGGUAUAUCCUGGACACAAAUGUCUUAAGUCGCUCGUGGUUAUUAUAAAGCAUAAAACUCUUUUUUCUAAUCUGUUUUUUUCACUAGGCUCUGAAUUUAGUUUCAUUUCUUUUUGAAUCAAAAUCAUUUAAUAUAAGCAUCAUCAGUGCAACAUUUUACCUGACGAUUCGACAGUUGAAGUAUAAUUACAAGCAGUUGCCGUGCUUGCAAACGCAGGUGCUGAGACUUAAAUUUCGCCCGUGUGCUUUUCGCAACAACAGAAGAAAUACUGUCGUUAUGCAAAAGAUAGAAAUGUGCAAUAUAACCUGCACGAGUUAAAAUUUAUGGGACAUGAAGGUACUUACAUGGAAAGAGUCCCAAAUGCGGAGGUAGAUUCCUUAAGGUUUGAUAUUUCUGUAUCGCCCAGUCCCAUAACACUGCUGUCUUUGUAAGUACAUACUCAGAUGCCGUUAA